AAAAAAGAAGCUUUUCUCUCCUCAGACCUUUAUCUCUUCUUCCUCGUCCUUGUUCAGACCCAAAGUUUCGAUCUUUUUUGCGUUUGUCUGAACUCUGAAGUCAAGACCAUGGAACCCAAGCAGCAGGAUCCAGUGACGUUAGGUCUUGAACAUCGGGUCACGAUGAUGGAUCAAGGGUCCAUAGAACGGUUCAUGACUCAGGUUACAGAUCAGGCUUUAGAGGUUGUCGAUUUAAAGCGUCAGUGGAAAGAAUAUGAGGAGGCUUAUGCAUUGAUGGAGGAAAAUGUGAGGAAGCAUGUACUAGAGGCUAAGAAGAAAGAAGAGGAAUCUGAUAUGAAACACUCUCUGGAAACACAUGUGAUGAGAUUGGCUCUUGAGAUGCAGACCGAAGAAGCGGUAGCUCAGCAUGAGGAGCUGAAGCAAGAGGUUCAAUUGAAGAAAGAGGAGCUUGAAGCGAGGGAGAAUGAGCUGAAGAAGAGGGAAGAGGAGUUAGAAGCGAAGAGGAAGUCUCUAGAGGUCAAGGAGAAGAACUUUGAAGAGCUCAUGAGAGAGCUUGAAGAGAGGCAGGAGGAGGAAUCUACUGAGAUUGAGAAGAGGAACCAGAAACAAGAUGCAGAAGCUAGAGAGAUUGAAGUGAAAAGGCAUUCUCUUGAGCACAAGGAGAAGCAGCUUGAAGAAAGAGAGGAACUACUCAAAUGGAAGAAGAAGAAGAGAGAAUUGGAUAAACGAGCAAAGAGUCGAAAGAGAUCCAGAGAUGAGAUGGCUGAGAAGGAUGAUGGAGGUGACGAGGAUCCUGAGCCAUACUGUUGUCCUGAUGCAGACUUCAACAGUUUCAACAACAACACAAUAAGCUCUUCCGUUGUUGGACAAAUAUGGGCUCUCUAUGAUCCUUCGGAUGAAAUGCCUCGCUACUACGCUCGAAUCAGGAAAGUUCUGGAACCUCAGCUGAGAGUUGGCAUUAGAUGGCUUGAAUCAAAACCAGUUCCAAUCGCUUGUGGUGAAUUCAAGUACGGUAAGAAAACCACAAGCAGCCACUUGAUGUUUUCUCAUGAGAUGCAUCACGUCAGAACCGGCAAGAAGACCGUCUCCAUAAACCCGAGGAAAGGUGAGACAUGGGCUCUUUUCAGAGAUCGGAAGAAGGAGCAGCAGCAGCACAAGCGUCCGUAUAGAUAUGACUUUGUCCAAAUCGAGUCUGAGCUGGACAGUGAUCAUGGCGUUGGAGUUGCUUAUCUAGGGAGAGUGGAGGGAUUCACUUCAGUGUACGAGCUCGCUGAGCAACAUGAUUGCUUCAAGAUGAUGAUACCGUCUGAUGAGAUGCUUAGGUUUUCGCAUAGAGUUCCAUCUUUUGUAUUGACUGGAGAUGAAAGAAAAGGUGUCCCUGCUGGCUCUUUUGAGCUUGACCCUGCUGCUAUUCCUAAAGACUGUCUUGAACCUUUGAAGGUUAAACAAGAGAGAGUUUAAGUACAGUGCAAGUCUGAUGUGUCUUUUUUUUUUUUAAAGUAUUUUAUGUAUGUUGAAGAUGCACCAAUGAACUGAUGGAUCUGUGUCGUUUAUGUUUAGUUUGUUUUGGUGAAACAUGAAGCUUUUUUGUAUUUGAUCUAACAACAGGUUUACAAUGUGUGUGAUGAGUUUUCAUUACAAGAAAUGAGAGGAAUGAGUUAUUUGCU